GGGCGUGACCCGGCGGUGGCCCGCUCACGGUGUGGAGCAGGCGAGACAGCUAAGGUGGGAGGAGACAGCUCAGAGAAAGAGGUGCUGGGGAAUGGCAGAGACACCCAACCUGACAGAAACAGAUAAAGACAGGCGCCGGAGCACCGACAGACGUUACAUUGAGGCAGACUGACACCCGGGAGAGUGCCCCCUCAGGCUAGUCACUCAGGAUAUGCGUCUAUUUUGAAGAAGGUGCGCCAGUUUUUACGACCUUGGCCAACGCUUCUUUGGAGCAAUGGAUGACACAGAAUAUGGCACUUUUGUGGACUGGGAUAAGAUGGAGGUAGGGAACCAAGAGCCGAGUCCCAAAGUUCUAAACUGCACGGACUUCCAGGAGCUAAAACAACAUUCUCGCCAGGGGUAUUGGGCCAAAAGCCAUUCGCUGCGAGCCAAGGUUUACCAAAAACUAAUUAAGGAUAUCCCGUGCAGAACUGUAACGCCAGAUGCCAGCGUGUACCGUGACAUCGUAGGAAAGAUUGUCGGCAAACGUACCUCAAGCACCAUUCCUCUACCUGAGUUUGUAGAUGACCGCCAGGUUCCUACUUACUGUCUGAACUCAGAAGGCAUUGGUGCGGUCAGAAAAAUUAUCCUUUGCAUCUCUAAUCAGUUCCCGGAUAUCUCUUUCUGCCCAGCCCUGCCAUCUCUGGUGGCUCUGCUCCUCCACUACAGUCAGGACGAAGCAGAUUGCUUUGAAAAUGUGUCUCGAAUCUUAGCCUGCAAUGACCCCAACAGGAGGCUUGUUGACCAAACUUUCCUAGCCUUUGAGUCCUCUUGCAUGACCUUUGGCGAUCUCGCGGGGAAAUACUGCCAGGGCCCUCACAAGCUUAUGGUGGCAGUGUCUGAAGAUGUCUUGGAGGUAUACUCUGACUGGCAGAGGUGGCUCUUUGGAGAUCUCCCGUUCGCCUUCGUUACACGCGUAUUUGAUGUAUUUCUGGUGGAGGGUUACAAGGUACUCUUUAGGGUAGCCCUAGCCAUACUCAAGUUCUUCCACAAGGUAAGAGCUGGCCAGCCCAUGGAAUCGAGCAAUGUGAAGAGAGACAUCCAGAUGUUUGUGAAGGACAUCGCCAAGUCUGUUACUCCGGAAAAGCUCUUGGAGAAGGCGUUUUCCAUACGGCUGUUCUCUCGUAAGGAGAUUCAGCUGCUCCAAAUGGCUAACGAGAAAGCCCUGCAGCAGAAGGGGAUCACCGUGAAACAGAAGAGAGCCAUAUCUCCAGUCCGACAGAACGUCCAUCUUGCCGUCCACGCGGAAAACUUCAGAUCGGAAAUAGUGAGCGUUAAGGAGAUGAGGGACAUAUGGUCCUGGAUUCCGGAAAGAUUUGCCCUCUCUCAGCCGCUCCUGCUCUACACCAACCAGGAGCACGGUAACAGCCUCAGCAGGUUUUACCUGCACUGUGAGGGACACGAACCAACGCUGCUUCUCAUCAAAACAAGUAAUGGCGAGGUAUGUGGCGCUUACCUUUCUACCGACUGGAGUGACCGGAAGAAGAGUGGAAAUAAACUGAGCUUCUUCGGCACGGGGGAGUGCUUUGUGUUUCGACUUCAGCCAGAGGUGGAGCGGUACGAGUGGGUGAUCAUAAAACACCCGGAACUCGGACAAGCGACUUCAUCAGCUGACAAAGAUGAAAACGCUUCCCAAGAGCCGGAGGCUGGAUCUGAUCCUUCUGAUCGGCUUUCCCCUUUCCUGGCCACUCGGCACUUUAACCUCCCCUCCAAAACCGCCUCUAUGUUCAUGGCAGGGAGCUCGGAGUGCAUCAUCAUAGGUGGGGGCGACGGACAGGCAUUAUACUUAGACUCUGAUCUGAACUACGGAAGAACCAGCCAUUGCAACACGUUCAACAAUCAACCUCUGUGCUCCGAAACCUUCCAAGUCUCCAUAAUUGAAGUAUGGGGCUUCAAGGACAACCUGAACGAUGAUGACAGGCACUUGCCUUGAUGCCCUCCUGCUUCGUGUAUCAUAAAGAGGCUCUCAACUGAGAAAUCAAGGCAGCUGCAGACAGUCGGUUGAUGUUCGGGGCUUGUGCGCGUUACCACAGACGUCCCGUGAUGCACGUUUAUCAGAAGACGGUGAAUUGCUGGCUAGCUGUGCUACAGAGAACUUGGUCUGAGGGAUCAACCCUGAUGUAUACAUCUGAGUAAUUUUGCAUAUAUACCCCCCCCAAUCAGGACCUACACACUUUCUGACACACACUCAUUCACUCUUACCAAAAUAUGCACUUUUACGUGGCUCUCAGAGAUAAACAUGGACCUAUGCAAACACAUUAACGUGCAUUCCUGACUAUGUGAGCUAAUGAGCCAGUCGCCCGUCCCUUCUAAUCACUAUAUCCAAACGUCUUAAACACGAGUGACAUUCCACCUCACCGAGGGUAUUUCCACUGCAUAUCUGCAAUCUGAUGGAUAGAGGAUCGUGUCCUGUAUGCAUCAGAGAUCAAAACUCCGUGAGAUUUGUUGUGAAUUCUAUGUGACUUCUGUUUGUGUUUUGUUACUAUCCUUCAUGCCAUUUUUUUUUCUUUUUCUUUCUUUAUGUCCCUGAAGUUGUGUAAGUGAAGCCACCGGUGUUUGUAGGUUAUUUGAAUGUUGAUCCUGAGUCUAGAAUCAUACAGAAAAUUUGUCUCCAUAAGAUUUCAGGAAUAAACUUGAAUCUCAUA